AUGGCAACAGCGAGGGAUUUUAGCGCGCCGCAAGAAUCAGCUGGUCCUAACAUGGACAUUAUCUCCAGUCCGGUCUCGCGCAUGGAGGACCGAAUCCUCCAAUGCGACCCUAACGUCCCUAGGGCGCCUGUUACACAUAGAGAUUCAUCUGCAGGAACUUUGGAUAGGUUUCCGGCCGAAACCAUGUUCCAGAUCUUCUCUCACUUAGACAUCUCGUCCCUUAACAAUUUCAGACGAGCUAAUCACGCAACCUUUGACCUCGUAUCGGCCUAUCUGCCUUUCGAACUUCCCAUGAUGCAUGCUUCAGAGACCCUCCGGGCAAUCCAAUCCGUCGGAAGUCUAAAAUUUCAUAUUUUUAAAGCUUCAACCGUCAGAACAUGUUUUGGCCUCGAUGACCGACACUUCCGUGAUAUCCCGAUAUAUCGAACCAUUCCAGGAAAAUACGGAAUCCCCUUACGAACAUACGAUGUGGUUCAGCACUUAAUCUCUAGGCCUGACGCCGAAUAUGCAAGACUUCGAGCCGAUAAUUUCGACCAAGUUCAGUGUGACAGAAGAAGGGCUCUUGUUUGGGGGCUAUUUGAAGAAGAGCAAAGGGGAGGGCAAGCAAGGAAUGACUUGUACCUCCAAUCCCUUUCUCCUCAGACCAGUCCUCGGCCUCGCGUCCCCUUAACUUGGCGGAGCCGGCUUGCUGAGCAAACCACCCAAUACAACUAUCAUCUAACCACUGUCUUGCCUUUUGCAAACGUUGCCAAACGGACCAUAGAGACCCAUAAGUACUGCACCGGGUGCAUCUAUCAGAGGCACAUUUUUAAGACGAAACUCAAGGCCACUCUUCCAGAGUCUGUGGCCCUUGAGCUUGAGGAGGAAACGAUGGAAAGGGCCUCGAGGGCCUGGUUGGUGAAGGACCUCGUCGAGCAUCACAAGCACUGCCAGUGGGUGGGUCAGCUCCUUGCAAAAUGGCCCGUUACCUACAAGCUGCUCUGA